AUGAUAAGCAUAUUAUCAAGGAGCAGGAGGGGAAAGAAAAUACGGAUAUAUGGUCUUGGAGCUCAAGCAAAAGUAUUUUAUGGACCAAAUCUUUUUGUCUCUUCUGGAUCUGAUACUUCGGGCUCAAUACCAUGUCCAAAUGCUCAAACAACACUGACAGAAAAUGUGGAGGAGUUAGUGGUGCGAAUGAUUCCUUCGCUAACUAAUCACUUGCUUCCUAUAUUUGUAGAGCAUGUACCUGGGUUGAUUUCUCAAGCCUCAUCUCAGCCAGACUCUCCUACCAACCAUCCAUCAACUAUUGCACCUGUAAUUCCUGCUCCAGCUGUAACAAAUAUCGAUGAGGAUCGUGCAUCAAUUUCUAAGGAAUGA